AUGGCUUCAUCGUGGUGUUGGAGCUGUCUUUCACGACUCCGUGUGACGCCAACGCCGCGAGCGAUUCUUCCUCCGCAGUCCAUCACGCCCCGGGUCGCGAGCGCCUCCUUCCACUCCUCCGCCGUGCAAUAUGCCAACCCUACCAAAAAGAAGGGUGCCCUCGUGACGCAAAAAUACCGUCAAGGUCAGACCCUUCGCCGAAAGAAGAAGAAGACCACCGAGCGGGCUCGCCCCCCGGCCGUCGGAGAACGCAAGGCCUUGCGGAAGCGAAUUGUCCUUAGCAACCCCAAUGCCCUCGAGGUCGAAGGCAUGCAGGAUUUGUCUGCGGAAACGAUGGUCGACUCCCGUCUGCGUGGCUCCGUCUUGGGUCUUCCCUUGCCAAUGCUUGACCAGUUGAGAGCUGUGCAAGCUUUCAAGCCCAAGCAGGGCUGGUCAAUCUUCCGCCGACCGGGAACCGUCCUGCGCCGAGACACUUUGGAGAUGGGCCGUCUAUUUGAAAAGAUUUCUGGCGAAGGAAGUGCUCCCGAAAAAGGAAAAGUGGUGAAGAAAAUUCUCACUGGACUGAAGGGUUCAGGCAAGACCGUGCAUUUGCUGCAGGCCAUGGCUAUGGGCUUCCUCAAGAAAUGGGUGGUUAUUUCAGUCCCCGACGCCCGCGAACUCGUCUCCGGCGAGACCAGCUAUACACCCCUCGAAGGCACCAGCCCGCUACAAUACGUCCAGCCGAACGCCGUGUCCGCUCUUCUCACGCGCACUGUUGAGGCUAACCGCGCAGUUCUUUCAAGCUUGAGGGUCUCGCAAACUCACAAGGCUCUCCCCGGUCUCAAACCUUCGUCUACUCUGGAGGAUCUUGCUAAGCUUGGUUUCCAAGACGUAGCCAUUGCAUGGCCUGCGUUCCAGGCUCUGUGGACCGAGCUCACCGCUACUGCCGCAGCCCCCGGUAUGGAGAAGGACUUUGUGCCUCGUCCUCCCAUGGUUGUCACCGUGGAUGGUCUCGCGCAUUGGAUGAAGGAGAGCGCCUAUCGCGCCUCUGACUACUCUCCCAUUCACGCUCAUGAUCUCGUCUUUGUCAAGCACUUCCUGUCUCUUCUCCAGAAUGGUCAAGCUUCUUUGAAGAAUGGCGGUAUGGUCCUCUACGCCACCUCUACCUCCAACAACCCCGCAAUCUACACUUUCGAAGUUGCUUUGGAACAAUUGGCUGCCCGACAGGCUGGCAUCAGCCCUUCCUCUCCCGAUUACCCAUCCCCGGAAGCCUACAGUGGUGCUGAUGAGCGCGUUCUGGAGCUCUUCAAGCCUACCACUGGUAAGGAGCCCCAAUUUGAGCUCCAAACCCUCGGUGGUUUGACCCGUGACGAGGCUCGUGGAUACAUGGAGUACUUUGCCCGUAGCGGUUUGCUGCGCGAGGAAGUGAACGAGACCUGGGUCGGCGAAAAGUGGAGUCUCUCAGGUGGCGGUAUCAUCGGCGAGCUGGAGAAGCUUGGUCGCCAUGUCAGGUCGACUGCUCAGCCCGUCCCGGUGUCGGUUUAA